CCGCAAUCCAAAGCUGUUCUCCCCAAGAAAGCAAACGAAGAACUAGAUGCGUUGGGGGAAGAUUGGGGUCUCGAAUUAACCCUAGAAUCUCUAAUUACCCGCUUUUAUUUUUAUAUUUAUUUAUUUGUUUAUUGUUGGUUUGAAUUUCACGAGCGAAGUGCAAUCGGAGGUGUAAGUUAGGGUUUUAGUUGAAUCGGUUAAUUUGGUUUUCGUUUUGUUUUGUUUUGUAAAUCAUUAUCAUGUCUGCAAUUCUCUGCGGCAAGAGGUCGUUCUUUGAGGAAAUCGACCCAUCGGCGUCAUCGCCUGCAUCUGCAUCGCCGCCGGCGCUAAAGAGGCUUCGGUGCUCAUCAUCUACGUCGCCGGUCAGGUUUACCUACUCGCCGCCUGUUCAAACGAGUCCGAUUGCUCAUCUCAGGGGAUUGUUUCCUGAUCUUGAUGUUCAGCUUCUAGAGAAAGCUAUGGAAGAAUCUGGCCAUGAUCUUGAUUUGGCAAUUCAAAACCUCAACAAACUUCAUAUCGGAUAUUCUAAUGACAAUGUGGGCCCCACUGAAGGAAACGUAACCGUCAAUCAAGGUGAAACACCUCCUAAUGAGGGGGCAAUGCCUAUGCAAGAGCCUCACGUCCAGAACAACUUGCCGGAAGAUGGCGCAGAAUGGGUGAACUUAUUCGUGAAUGAGAUGAUGAGUGCCACCACCAUUGAUGAUGCAAGAUGCCGAGCAGCUAAUUUCUUGGAGAGCCUCGAGAGAACCAUAAGUUCUCGGGCUAGUGCUGAGGCAGCGCAAAAUUUCCACAAGGAAAAUCUGAUGCUGAAAGAACAAAUUGAGGCGCUUCUCCGGGAGAAUUCCAUUCUUAAACGCGCAGUUGCCAUCCAGCACGAACGCCAAAAGGAGUAUGACGAGAAAGACAAAGAGGUCCAGCAACUGAAGCAGGUGGUGGCUCAGUACCAGGAGCAACUGCGAACUCUCGAGGUGAACAACUACGCAUUGAUGAUGCAUUUGCGCCAGGCGCAACAGAACAAUUCGAUCCCUGGACGAUUCAAUCCGGAUGUCUUCUAAUAGCAAGUAUGUAAUUUGUUGUUUGGCAAAAUGUUCCAUACUACUAUAUAUAUAUAUAUAUAUAUAAAAUAUAUGUACGGUGUAAGAAACAUGCUCAUGUCAUUUGGUUUGGGGCUGAGUUCGAACGAAGUUCACAUUUGAGACGUUUAUGCAUACAAAGGAAUUAUUGCUUGCUUCUAUUUCUGACCUGGGAUGGCUUUUUA